CUGCACCAACUGAAGCUCCGAAACCGCUAGCACCAGAGUUGAAAAUAAUUUCUCCAGAAGUAGCAACAGCACCAGAAACAGCUGGACAGGAAGCCGCUACAGCACCAGUAACAACUGAAAACAGAACAGAAGAAAUGUUUCCUCCACCAGUGGCAGGACCAGUUGUUCCAGCAAAGCCAACAAUAGAUAUCUCCAAAUUUACACCACAAACUUGCUGUGGACCAUCUGGACUACCUGUACAAAAAGGUCAAAUGUGGCAAACUGGUUGUGAUGUAUGUACAUGCAAUGGAACCUCUGGAAAAACACAAUGUGUACCUCGUCACUGUGAAAAGGAGAUAAUCUGUAAGAAAGAUGAGAGAAGGGUAUUGCGAAAACCUGGAAAAUCCUGUUGUGGAUAUUGUGAGCCGCUGACAUGCAGACAUAAUGGAAUAGAACAUAAGCUUGGGGCUACCUUUAAAGAUGGAGAAAAUCCUUGUAUCACUUAUAGAUGUGACACAACAGGCUUGACAGUGAAUGUCAAAUCAUGCCCAAAUCAACAAUUUUGCACUAAGAGUAGAAGAUCUUAUGAUCCAGAUGGCUGCUGUUACUCGUGUGACACAUCUUGUAAACCAGUCCCUGCUAAAGUGGGUAUCACAGCAGAAUAUGGGCAUGAGCGUCAGAAAACAAACUGCUCAGCUAUUAUCGCAAUGACAAAAUGUUCUGGUGAAUGCGAACAUGUCUUAAGCUAUGAUAAAAAGGAAGAUAAAGUGGUUAACAUGUGUAAGUGUUGUAAAGCAACACAUACUGAAACAAGAGACGCUGAUCUGGCAUGUGAAAAUGGAAUGACAAAAACAUAUAAGUACAAACAUAUCACAACUUGCAAAUGCAUACCUUGUACCAGCUACAAUGACAAAAUAUAAAGCUCAAAUGCAUUUGCUAACUUUAAGCUUUUAAAUGUAUUAAAAAUAAACAUGGGGGACAUACUGAAGUUAGAGAUUUCUGGAUUGGUACAUAUAGUAUUUUUUGUCCAUUAUUCAAGAGUAAAUGUUUUUUCAGCUGUACAGAAUCAUAUGCUUCUGUCUUAAUGACAUAAAAAAUAAAUGCAUUCUUCCUAAA